AUGGCAGAUGCUCAAAAAAAGCAAUCGUUCCCUUCAAUCGAACACAAAAAAAAAAUCUUGUGGGGAAUUUUUGCCAAAUUAGACCAAGCUUCAAAGGGCUGUGGAGAAUUGGAUUUGCCUCUCUUUGGGGAAAUUUUACUAAGCAAGUUAGAAAAGAUAGAGUCUGAAUUUGAACCUAAUAAUGUCGAUGUUUCCUACCAAAUAAAUGAAAUUGAGUUGGAGCAAAGAAAAAAGAUAGAAGCAAUAAUUAAAUCUUUAUUUCCUACUAAUCCUCCCACCAUAAGUUUUCCCGAAAGCAGUAUAAAUCCGGAAACUGGUGAUAUUGAUUGGGGUUGA